AAGCCACUGGGUCUGUCUCAGCUGCUUAGUGUAGGUCUUGUGAUGGUGUUAUGAUUUGAAAACGACGAGGCAUUCGGGAAUCCUAUGCAUAGACUGCGUGGCUUGCAAAUACACUUUUUCCCGGUUAACCUUCUUCGUUCGGUUGUUCAGUUAGGAGCAUCCCCCCUGUCACAGCCGUUAUGAGUAACGUCAGUUAGUUGUAGCGUUAGUCAUGUCACCCCCGCAGUAGACUUUACCUACAAAGAUAUUUCUCCACGAUGUGUAUAUAUUCACAUGUUCACCUUCUGCGCCCCUAGUCUCAGCUGCAGACGCUGACAGGAACCACCUGAACAGUGAUGGACACCAAGGCAGUGUUCGCGGCCCUGUACAGUGUGUGCGAAGAGAACGCCACUUUCUUCUCAGGAGGAGCCAAGGGGUCGCAGGGUGAUGCGGCGCGGCGGCUGGUGGAUGUCAUGAAGCUGAUCCAGGAGCAUGCUCGCAGCCUGGAGCCUGUCAUCUCCGGCUUUGCUUCAGUUUACCACCAUUUCGACUUUGACCCACACAUACCUGCUAAUGGAUAUCGUUCUCUGGUCAAGGUCCUGCGCUGCUGCCUUCUCCACAUCAUCCAGAAGGGUCGCUACAUCACCGCCAACCGCCGGAGCAUCUUCUUUCGAGUAGCACACAAUGCGGGAGAGAUGGAGGCUUACUGCAACGCUCUGUGCCAGCUGCGCGCCCUGCUCUACCUGGCUCAGCGCAUGCUACAUGACAACAGCCAUGGCAACCUUUUCUUCCAGGAUGAAAGCGGGCUCAGCGAGAGCUUCAUCCGCGAAUACUCCUCUAUGCACAAGGGCUGCUUCUACGGCCGUUGCCUUGGCUUUCAGUUCACUCCAGCCAUCCGACCCUGUCUCCAGACCAUCGCUAUUGGCCUUGUGGCCUUUGGAGAAAACUACAAGCGCCAUCAGUCGGGAAUAGGUGUUGCAGCCAGCUCUUUCUUUACCUCAGGGAAGUAUGCAAUCGACCCAGAGUUGAGAGGGGCAGAAUUUGAACGGAUCACACAGAACCUGGAUGUCCAUUUCUGGAAGACCUUCUGGAACAUCACUGAAACCGAAGUCCUGUCGAGUCUUGCCAGUAUGACAUCCACUCAAGUAAAGGUGAACCGGGCUCUUUCUGUGCCCCCUGUGCCCUUUGACCUUCCCCUGGCGGCCAACCACAGGGCAUCUGUUACUAUAGCUCCUCCAUCAGCGCACAUUGGCCCAGCUCCGGUUCAGAUGAGGCUCAUCUCUUAUGACUUACGUGAAGGACAGGACAGUGAGACUCUGCUAUCUCUCUGCCGUUCUGAGGGGGGAGCCAUCUCUCUGUCACUGGGGCUGAAGACCAAGCGUCUCCCCUCAUCUCCCUGCCUCCUGAUCCACUUCCACGGGGGAGGCUUUGUCGCCCAGACCUCCAAGUCCCAUGAGCCCUAUUUGAAGAGCUGGUCCCAGGACCUGGGUGUCCCCAUCCUGUCAGUGGACUACUCUCUGGCCCCUGAAGCCCCUUUCCCGAGGGCCCUGGAGGAGUGUUUCUACGCCUACUGCUGGGCUCUGAGAAAUCACCACCUUCUAGGUUGGACUGGAGAGAAAGUAUGUCUGGCUGGCGACAGUGCGGGAGGCAACUUGAGUGUGACGACAUCGAUGCGCGCUGCUGCCUUUGGUGUGCGAAUGCCAGAUGGCAUUGUGGCAGCCUACCCAGCUACCCUGCUGACCGCCUACGCCUCACCCUCCCGUCUGCUAACACUUAUGGAUCCCCUGCUGCCACUCAGUGUGCUCUCCAGGUGUCUCAGCGCCUACGCAGGCAAUGAGCCGCAGACAGAGACACAGGUAGAGAAAGUGAGCACGCUGAGCCUGGUGAGGAGAGACACAGCGCUGCUGCUCAGAGAUUUUCGACAGGGAGCCUCCAACUGGAUCCACUCUCUGCUGGAUUCCAACAGAGCCUCAGCCCCCCCCAGCACAGCUGCAGAGGCACCACCAGGAGCCACUGACACAGUGAGGAAGAGUAUUUCAGAGGCAUCCAUCUCCUCUCCUCAUGCUGACCCCCCUGUACCGUCAGAGCCUUCAGAAUUCCCCAGCAGGAAAUUAUCUGUGAAGAGCCAGACUUGCCAGGACUUGGGAUCCCACCACAAUGCCACCUCUCACAGUUCACCACUGCUCUCUGAGCGCACCCCAGAAGAUGUGAAUUUCUUCCUCGCCAAGGAUGCAGAUCCCUCCAUGCCCAGCAACCUGUCCUCAGUGGCCAUACCACCCCCUGGUGGAGAGGAGGGUUCAGAGCUGGAGCACCCGAGGGAGUUUCCCCUGGGGUUUGAGCCGCUGCGUUCAGUGCAGCAAACAGAGAUGAGGGUGCAGAGUUCUCCAGUGGUCAAGGAUCCUUUCUGCUCUCCUCUGCUGGCUCCUGAUAGCAUGCUGAAAGGACUGCCACCUGUACAUAUAGUGGCUUGUGCAUUAGACCCCAUGCUGGAUGACUCUGUGAUGUUUGCCAAGCGUUUGAGGAACAUAGACCAGCCUGUCACUCUGUGCGUGGUGGACGACCUCCCCCAUGGCUUUCUCAGCCUAUCGCAGCUCUCCAGGGAGACGAGGGAAGCUGCCAACGUCUGCGUGGAGAGAAUUCGAGCUGUCUUCACCCAGUCUGACACACCCCCGGAGCCACGCAAGCACCGCAAGCUGGAACGGACCGAUAGGGGUGUGUCAGCCUCUUCUGGGGAGGCAGGUACUCUCUGCGUUGGCCCCAUUGAGGGAGUGGAGCUUACAGCCGGGAAAGGAGCUAAAAUUGCUGAUGGGGAGGGCUUAGUUGCUGUGGCGGGCCAGAAUAACACCGACUCUGGUGGACCUUGAAUAAGGUUUGAAAAAGAAAAGACUGCAGUCACCCAAGGAGUGAAGAGAGAAAGAGAAAAUGAAAGUCAGACAGAUUUAGGCAGUGCAACGCCUAAAAGGGAGAGAGGAAGUAUCCUUAAAAAAAAAAAUAAAAAACAGAAGGCGAGAGGACGUUGGGUAUUCUAAGAGAUUGCCCGGAUUUUGAGUGACAAAAAAAGAUGAGCAAUGCAAUAAAACUUCAUCUGCUUUAUAAUUCUUGCUGCUCAUCAGUGCAGCAUCCUGCGCUGAUACAAAUCUGCCAGACAAAACGAACACACCCACAGUCAUGUUUUAGAAUAAAAUGGUAAUUUAGCAGCUACUUAGAUCAAAGCACUCACCCACACACCCAGCACACACACUUAACAGAGUUGCCGUUAGGCAGCUGAGACUUGGACAUAAAGCAGCGCAGAAGAUUCUUGAGACGAGGCCUGAAUGGGUGAUUCAUCUAGGCCACGGCAGUCAUUUGAGGCCCCAAUCAGACAGUGGUAGGAACACUAUAUGUUUCUGUAUAGAGUCAUCCCAGUCGAAAUGGCCACUUGUCCUUUACGGAGCACUCUAAAUCAAACUUAAUAACUCCACAUUGUGUUCUCCAUUACGCCAGUUUGGCAGUCAAUACAGCCCGCUUUGUGGAUAGUAACUCUGUUGACUCUCUCCCAAAUAGAAUUAGAGAGCUAAAACACAACAGACUGACGGGCCCUAAACUGGAUGAAUUGAUUCACUUGUUUUUUGAGAUUCUGUUACAUUUUUUAAUCAUAUUAUAAACCUAUGCAGUAGUAUUACUUGUGUUAUUUAUAUCUUUUUUUUCUAUUGCUGUAUUCUAAUCUUUGAAUCAUGACAAGUUUGUCUGUUGGUUUGUACACUUUAUUGUUUGUUUAAUGUAAUCUUAUGCGAUUUUUUUUCCACAUUUGUGAAUGUGUUCAAUAUUUACCUCUGCUUCUUUGACACAGCUGCUCCGACAUACCUUGCCUUUCCAAUUAAUCUCAUAUCCUACUCGUAGUAAAACAUACCGAUGGGAUAAAGCGUAGAAUAUUAUACAGGAGCACAUUGCGCCGUCUAGAUGCCGCCUGUUGUUUUUUUUAUAGUGUUGAUAGUUCUAAUGCAAACAUUGCAUUUUAGUGAUUGUUACAGUGAAUUUUGUGAAGAUGCACUGAAAUACAUUAUUUUCUGAAGACAAGUACAUGCUUGAAAGCCUGGCUCCCACCUAAAUAAGUCUUUUUUAUAAACACCUAUAUCCCUCGGAUGUCUGAAAGAGUCAGUAUAGGUUUAUUAUUUUCAAGACUGGAAACACUUGCUCUCCUCAAGAAUUGAGUGAGAGAGAAAGGGGCAUCCCACCCUGAGCUAUCAAUACUCAUUUUAACCUCCACUUCGCUGAUUUCCUCCCAGGUCGUCCCCACUCCUCGCCAGCCGUUAUUGCUCACUCUCCAUCUCUGCACAGUAUGCAAUGUGUCAAAAUACCACUUCUCUUCAGCCAGGGUCUUUCCUCCCAGACAAUCUGUUACUACAAAUCGGAGGCUUUUAGGCAAAGCUCCAGGACCCUUAGCAAGAAAAGAUUUUGUAUGAGUGCUGUGUGAAAGCCACUGAACUUGUGCUUGGCCGACUCAAAGUGGACGGUGGUCCAGAUUUCUUUCUUGCUCCCCACCAUCACAUUCAUGACUUUGUUUUCGAUAACACGAGGACACUCCUCUGAGCAUGUUGCCACCGAAGCACUUUGAAGUACACAAAAAUGUCCUUCGGAGGGUCAGUUCCUUGAUCAGGUCCAACUAAAUAUAGAUGCCAACAAUGCUGGCACUGUCCUGCCCUUGCCUGGUAGCAGGACCAGGGUUGCCAAGUCUGUCGAGAAGGGAUGCUGUGUGAUGAAUAGGAUUUAGCUGAAGCUCCGAGUGCGAAAUCCUCCCCCCGUAGAAGAGCAGGAUUUUCAGCAGCAAAGUCAUGCUACAGGAUUAGCCCAUGCUCACUUCUGUCAGCUUGCAGUACUUACCGCAAUAUUUUUAGUCAGAUUGAUGGAGAGAACCAGGGCCGUGAAGAGGAAGAAAGUAAUAUACUCAUCCUCUUGGAGAUGCUGGGCUGAAGUUACUGUACUUGGUUUACUAGCCGCUGUUUAUGCGCACUCUGCACUUUUGCAGAGUUGAUUUGUCGAUCCAUGCAGGUGUAUUUUAAGCUAGAGCUUGUACAUUUUUAUUUCUGUACUGGUGCCUGUGUGUGUGUGUGACUCAAGUGGCGUUUGCAUGUGCUUAUUCACAUGAUCACGCCGGUCUCUGAGGAGUGUGAGAAACGUGAGCUCUCACAGGGGCGUGUCCUCGUUGUUUGUGUUCACGUAAAGACAGGAAUGGCACUUUACAGUCAAGAGAUUAUUCACAGUAUUAAUCAUCUGUUAUCCAUGUGUUGUCUUUGAAGUCCAUAGACUGAUGAAGAAAUCAGUACUGAAAACACCACCGCCUGUGAAGCCCUGCAGGGUCGACUGGUCAUUUGCACUUUGUUGUAUAAAUUAUCAGCUACUAGAAAAACUUAAAAAUUCACCAACUUGUUUUUUUCAUUGACCUCCAUAUGCCUCUUGUCCUUUAUGACCACUCAUGCAUCAGUCUAACCUGAGUGCAGGUGAUUGACCCAGCGCUGCAAACUCUUCUGUGCAAAACACCAGAUGGGCUCUCAUCUCAGUGUUACAGUUUCCAAACUCAGCUGGCACUUUCAUGGUUCCAACUCUGCUUGUAUGCUGCCUUCAGUUCUGAGCUGAAAUGUUUGAUUUUGUGUUGUUUCAAUUAGUGUUGCUGCCUAAUUAGAGUGUCUAUUUCUCGACCAUCCACAGAACAACUUUAUAAUCACACAUUUUCCAAAGUUUGCUGCUUUUCUUUGGUGGUUGAAUUAUCAGGUUGUACGGCAUACCUCCACAGAUUUACUCAUCGAAAACACUUCUCGUUGGAGCUCCUUCCUGGCUCCAUGCUGAUUUCGGUGAAGUGCAAUGCAAAGUGCAGUGCUGCUACAAACAUGAGCUUGCUGCUUUAUUGAUGAGGUCUUAGGUAAAACUAUGCAGUUACACACCAGCAUUUCGCCAUUUUUUUGUUUUCAGUCUUCGGUCUUUUUAUUAUUGUAUUUUUAUGUGUUUGAAUCACCUCAAGGUUGGACUUCAUAGUUACUAUCACAUGUUUAAGAUUGAACAUGAUUCUUUCACAAUUGUGUCAGUGAGUUCAACUUACAUCAGCUGCUCCUCAGAAAUGAUUCCAAACCAGAAACACUUUGAUGUAUCCAACAUGUGUGGUAAACUGUUGUUUAUUGCUGUAUAGUUAUGUGUUUGAAAUCACCUCAAGGGUGGACUCCGUUAUCAUACCAGUCCGUGCACCACAAACAUUUUCCUGGAAACAAAAUUCUUUCACAGUUGCGUCAGUGUCUUCAACUGAUGUCAGCUGCCCCUCAGAAAUGUUUCCAAGCGAGAUACACUCAUGUGAUCUAUCAUUCAGACUUCCUGCAGUUGUGGUCACAGUUCCAAGCAGAACCAGAGACUGAAGCCUGAGUUUUGUAAUGACUGUUUGGAAGCAAAUGAGGUUCACUGAUAUUUUCAGCUUUCUUAAAUGAUGCUCACAUGUGAUCUGACAGCCUGCAGUUGUAUGUUAUCUUUUUUUGAAUGCUUGUGUAGACAAAGUGCAUGCUCAAAUCUGAAAAAUUAUCACAAAUUUAAGUUUGUGAAUGUGCAAAGUUAUGUGUUAAAAAAGGAAAGAAGAAAAAAAAGAUGUGUAGCUGUAUAAAUAUUUUGUUAUUUUAUCUUAAUUCACACAUUUUAGUUAAUGUAUGUAUUAUUCCACUUGCACACAAAAGGUAUUAUACAACAGCAGGCUGUGGAAGAAGAACAAAAUGUAUAUAUUAUCAGCCCUUAUUUGUUUCCAUAAAGAUGUGCUGUCCUGGCUGUUUAGUGUUUGCUGUUAACUGGCAUCAUUGAAAAUGCAGGUGCUAGCCAGUGUCAUAGCCCGUCUGCGCUCCGUAUGCAAAUCGUUCCGCAUUGUAAAAUGCAUUUCUGAUGUAGAAUAUGAUUAGCCUUUUAAAAGAAAACAAGCCAUAGACUGGAAAACAAAGCUGUUUUAAGUUUACUUGUUUUUUUACGUUUUAAUUUUCUUUUGUUCAAAACACCGCAAGUGCAAACCUGUGAAUAAAAAAGAAUGUAUAUGAAACAUUAUCUGAUUCAUGUAGAUAUUUUUACUUUCAGAUUUGUUAAUCUGAUUGCUGAUUGAUUGCAGAGUGAUUGAGUUGGACUGCAUUUUCUUUGCAGGUUUCAUACUUCAAUGUAAUUUCCGAAUCACUGCAAGUAGGCUGGUUUCUUCCUUUUGUUGAUUUUUAUCUAAAUAAAUAUAUUCUCCCAUGA